AUGGCCGCUCCUCGUCAAACUUCGCUGCGCGUUCUGCGUCAGCUUUCCCAGCAGCCCAUCGCUGCACCUGCUCGCCGUGGCCUCCACAUCACUGGCGUCCAGUCUGCUCAGCCUGCCAACCCUGCCGACAAGGCCUCUCUCUACGCUGCUCGCAGCAUUCCAGACUUGGAGACUGAGUGCCAAAGACGCUCUCUCCGUACUGCUGGCAGCAAAUCCGAGCUGAUCGAGCGCCUCUCCAACCACGAUGUCCUCCAGUCUCGUGCAUUCAGCAUUGCCAUGCGCCGCAUCAACAGCAAUGCCUUCGCAGACCAACCCACUCGCCAAUUCAACACAUCCCGCUCCUCCAAAGCAGUCGGCGACACCUCCACAGUCGACCUAGUUUACAUGCCCAUAAUGUCCGACAUGGAAACCCAUGCAUCCAGCCAGACUCAAAUUCCGGUCCUUCCCGACCUCUACUCGCACCACGAGUCCACCUCCACCUCCACCUCCGCCCCACUUAUGAAGCCCCAGAUCUACACAGUCUCCGGUGCCGGCGUCGUCGCCGCCUCCCCGAUGAGCGAAGUCGUCGACAAUCACUCCAUUGACAUUGAUCCGUUUUCACUUACCGAGGCAGUGGGUCGCUCGCGCGUUGGCGAGGAGAUUCAGCGCCGGGCCAAUGGGAAAUCUUCCGAGCCGGGCGUUUUGAAGGAGCUGUGGGCUGGGUUUUUGGAUGAUGUUCUCGGGCCUAAGGAGGUUGCGCGCAAGUAG